CAUGUCGUGGGUUUGGUUGCACACAAGCUGCAGUUUCAGUUUGUUUUAUUCACCAUUUUGAGUCGUUCAGAGGAAAAAACAGGAUAUUUGUGUUUUGUGGACAGUAAGCGAAGCCUGUGUUGUUUUUCACUCGCCAUCUUGGACGGUGGAGACGUGCGCCAGCCUCGCUCCUCUUGGUGUUUCACAGAGCGGGAAUCCAUUUAUUCCCCCCCUCCCCGUGUGUUGCUUUUUCUUCUCCCCCUCUUUCCCCUCGCAUCAGUGUUCCUGCAAAAUGUCCAGACCCGUGAGGAACAGGAAGGUGGUGAACUAUUCACAAUUCAACGAGUCUGACGAUGCAGACGAGGAGUACAAUGACAAUAAGCCGAAGAAGGUGCGCCCAGCCCCUCGUGAGCCCAAGCACAAGCGCUCAAAGAACUCACAGGAUGACAGUGAGGACUCUGAUGAGAAGCUCUCCAAAGCUAAACGUGACUCUGCAGAUGAUUUUGGCAGCGAUGAGGAAGACAAUGACUUUGGAGAGGAGGAGGAGGAAGAAGGAGGAAGUGACUAUGAAGAAGAAAAGGGGAAGAAGGGAAAAAAAGCCAAGGUGGAAAAGCCCAGCAAGAGGGGCCCAAAAAGAAAACGGGCUGCAGAUGACAGUGAUGAAGACAGGGAAGUGAGUCGGAAGCGUACAGUGCGGCAGGCAGCAUCCAAGGCAGUGUCCAAGCAGAGAGAAAUCUUGUUGGGAGACGGAGGCAGCGAGGAUGAGGAGCAUGAAGAUCAGGAGGAGACGUACUUGGACCCUGAUGAGUCCGGCAGUGACGAGGACUUCAUGGUGGAGGAUGACAAUGACAGCGACUACGGUCAGUCGAAAAAGAAAGGCAAGAAGGUGAUCCGACGGGGCCGGACAGACAAGAAAGAGAAGAAGAGCCCCAAACCCAGGCUAAAGGCUACAGAUUGUGGGGCCGUGCUCCAGGCAGAUGACGGUCACGACCUGUGUCCUGCCUGCUUUGGACAUGACCAUCUGGUGGAGGCCCUGUCAGAGAACCCCUGCAGGAACUGCAGCUUCAUGCCUUGUGCUAUGAGGGUGGCUCGGCUGGCCCAGUUUCACUCUGAACUCGGCAGUGACCUCCCGCUUUCUGGGCAGGAGGCCCCACCUAGACGCUCGAAGCGCCGGUCUGAGGUCGCAGUCUCUGUGGCCCCUCCUAGGAAGAGGCAAGCCAAGUCUGAUCAGGGCCUCUCCACGAGGGUGGAGCAGCUGUCUGCAGAAUUGGCAGCGAUUAAGUCCCUUUUUCAGGCACGCCAACUGGUGGCUGAGCCAGUGGCAGCAACCAGACUUUCCUCCCCACCCAUGCCUGAGCUGGCUGCAGAGGAAGAUGUGUUAUCCUUGGCUGCCUCUGCCUCUCACUUUUUAGGUGAGGAGAAGGGGCAGCCAUCUCAAGUCUCAGAAACUGGUUCACUUUCGUUGUCUCAGAGCACAGCUAGUGGGUCAGGUGACGGCUCGGUGAAGGACGUCACGCGUAUGGCCCUGAGACAACUGUAG